AUGGACAAGACUGUCAAAGUAGCGUCGGAAGACGUGAUUAAGCUCAUCCUCCAGUACCUCAAGGAGAACAGGCUCUCGAAGUCGCUGAUGAUGCUGCAGGAGGAGGCUGGGGUGUCGCUGAAUAGCGUGCCGAGCGUUGACUCGCUCGUUGCUGACGCACAGAUGGGCCGGUGGAACCAGGUGCUCGACGCUGUCGACACCAUGUCGCUCUCGCAGGAAACGCUAUUCAAGCUGUAUGAUCAGAUCAUCAGAGAGCUGGUUGACCUCAGGGAGAGCACGCUGGCAAAUGCCGUCCUGGAGAAUGCCAUGCCUUUGCGCGAGAUGGAACGUGAACAUCCCGAGAAAUAUCGCAUUUUGGCCGACCUGUGUAAGAAGCGGCCUGCAGAGUCCCGUGAAAUAUACGCAAGUUCGCACGACGCCCCCGGACAGCAGCCACUUACUAAAGACAAGCGACGGGCUAUCGUUGCGGAAGCACUGAAAAGCGAAAUUGACAGCGUACCGCCGUCCAGGCUCACCGCUCUUCUAGGAAUGGCGAUGAAAUGGCAGCACAACGUGGGGAUUAUAUCCAGCGGCGACCAGUUCGACGUGUUCCGCAACACCUCCACCACGGCCACGAAGGGCGAUGAGCCGUGUGUCAAGGAGGUCGCCAAGAUAAUAAGAUUCGCAGAUAAUGUGCACCCUGAAUGCGCCAUCUUCACGCCGAAUGGCCAGUACCUAAUCUCUGGGUAUGUUUAUGACCCCGCACUUAUCAAAGGCUGCAGGUCAUCCGACGGAUUCAUCGAGGUCUGGAACUGGCACCUGGGGAAGCUGGACCCUGAUCUCGAAUACCAGAACAAGGACCAGUUCAUGCUGCACGAGACCUUGAUAGUGAGCCUCGCCGUCAGCCGUGACUCCGAGAUCCUGGCGAGCGGGGACAAGGACGGCCACAUCAGGAUCUGGAAGAUAGCAACUGGGGAGUGCGUGCGCAAGAUGAACAACGCCCAUGACGGUGCUGUCACGUGCAUGACAUUCAGUCGUGAUUCUACCAACCUCCUCGCGGGCUCUUUCGACAAGACGGCUAAGGUUCAUGGACUCAAAUCGGGCAAACCCAUAAGGACGUUCAAGGGUCACCACUCGAUAGUAAAUGCUGCAAUCUAUUCCUACGAUGGGACUAAAGUGAUCACGGGAUCGAGCGAUGGCUACGUCAAGAUCUGGGACAGUCGUACCACAGACCUGUUGAAGUCGUUCCUCGCCUUCACAGGCCAUGACCCAAGCAGCGGAUUGAAGCCCGAGACCCCGAGGCCGGUGAACAGCAUUUUAAGCCUGCCGUACACGGGUAGCGACGAACUCAUCAUCGUCUGCACCCGCUCCUCAUCGCUGUCUAUAUACAAGCUGAACGGAAUAUGCGUCAAACACUUUUCUGUGGAAGAAGCUGCCGGCAACAACUUCCUCGACGUAGCAGGUAUGUUAAGUUAUGCGCGUUACCCAUGGCUUUGUAGUGUCCAGGAAACUGAACUGGGUGUACUCCGUCGGAGAGGGCAACUGGUUGUAUUGCUUCAACAAGACAGGAGCCCUGGAACACAGCUUCAAGGUCCACGAGAAGGACGUUAUCGGUAUCGCACAUCACCCGCAGCACGCUGUAGUAGCAACGUGGGCACUGGACGGGACCAUCAAGAUCCUUUAUCCCUGAGCCUUCCCGGUGGAAGGCAGACACAGAUCGGUGACCUCUGGGCGCCAUCAUAA